AUGAUUGCCAACGAUGCAGCGACGGGUGACAAUGAAAAUAAGCACAAAGAGGAAGAGCAUCCGAUGGCACAAGAGUCAAGUAGACCAAGACGAGUGAGAAAGAAAUCCAAUUACUUCAAAGGCUACACCAUGAACUGAAUAAAUUGUGAACGAUUAUUAUCAUCCUAUUCAUUAACUUUAUAUUUUUUUAAAAAUGGAAUCAGAACAAUAAGUUACAUUUAUAUCCAUUAUCUAGCUUUUAAUAUUUAAUAUUUCUAUUGGGCGAUUAUAUAUAUAUAUAUAUAUAUAUAUAUAUAUAUAUAUAUAUAUAUAUAUAUAUAUAUAUAUAUAUAUAUAUAUAUAUAUAUAUAAUCAAGUACGCAUUACAAUUACAGCUGGAACUGACCGAGGUAGACUGUGAGCUUACAAAUGGCGCUUUAAUUAAGCAGCCGGCCGCUAUUAGUCCAUACCUCGUUAGUGAUCUUCCCACUAACCCACCCUGUCAACUUUCCCUGUGGGAGGAAACCGCCGGAGUACCCGGAGAAAACCCACGACUUUCAGCAGAGCGUUGACUUUUUACUCUUUUCACAUGAGGACUAGGUUCGAGUCACAUUGCGAAAUUUAUUGAGACUUGAACUUGUGAUCUUAGAGGUGAAAACCAAGCGCGCUAACCACUUCGCCACCGAUGCCCCUAUAACAGAAAGGAUGUUAAUUACGUAAUUAAUCAUGUGACAUGUGUUACAUAACUUUGUAUAUAAGUAUUUGGAAAUAAAUAUUAUUAUCGUUAUAUAUACAUAGUACUAUGCUAGUAAAGAGUUGUAUGUAUUUCUAGUUUCUAAAAUCAACUUUGCGUAAGCCGAGAAAAUCAAUGUUAAAGUUUCUGUAAAUUAACUGAAACAUGAUUUUUUAUCACAUGAUCAAACCUGGACACAGUUGUAAAUUCCAUUCUCUUUUUAUCCUGAACUAUUAAUGCCUUUUUUUAAACUUAUUCAGGAAAAAUGUUCAUCCCACCCGGUGGCGAAACUAUGGUUGUGGUGAAAGGAUCAGAUGUGGAAAUUGCGUGGACAUUUGAUAACGAUAUAUCUCAAGUGAUUUUGCGGAUAUGGUGGUUCAAGAAAACAGGCGCUUCAAACUUUAAAAGACUUGCCUUUAUACAUGUUGAUGAUCAAGACCCCACAAUAUUAAAUGGGACUAGCUUGUCUAGGUUUGAGAUAGUAAAACCAGCAACAUUGCUCUUGAAGAAAAUUGAUCUCGACUAUACUGGAACGUAUGGAAUUUUAUUAGUAUAGGUAAUCACACGGGAAGGAGUGCAAUUAAUGAUUAACACUACGAGUGAUAUUUGAAAAAUGAGCCAAAAUUGCACGAGCCGCCGAGGCGAGUGCAAUUUGGCACAUUUCUCAAAUAUCACGAGUGGUGUUAAUCAUUAAUUGCACAACUUGCCCGUGUGAUUAUUUAUUUAUUAUAUACAUGACAAAAUCGCUUUCUUUAUAUUUCAACUGCAUUUUGUCAAGAGUUUUUAAUUCUUUUGUAAGCAAUUUGGUAUAAACAAACUUGGGAAAUGAUUAUAAACUCAUAAAGGCACAUAACUUAAGUUAAACUAGAACACAAGAUUCAAGCUCAAACAACAUAUUUUAGACUAAGAAAAUCUUUAUGAAUUGUAUUUCAAACUUACAUAAUCACGUUUCGCUGCAUCCCGCCAAGAUUGUUUCUUAAGACUGUUUCCAGGUAUUUUCCACAGGCUCAUUUUGCCAUACAAUGUUUCUUAAACUCACUCUUGUGCCAAAAUUCAGUUAAAUUCGUCCACACUUGUUAGAAAUACUUAUCUAAAUUUCGCCGCCAUAUUGGAUUUUGUUAUUUUGAUUUCCCGCUCCCCCCAGCCAUCACGAAAAUCAUUAAUUGCACUCUUGGAGAGCGCAAUUAAUGAGAUAGUUGCACUCCUCUUAACCAAUCAGAUUGCAGUAAUUUUGUCAUGUAUAUAAUAACAAGAAUUAAAUCGCAUUGAUAGAUCUUUCGUUACUCUUUUUGUCGUAGGUACAGUUAAAUAUCAGUCAAUCUUUUAAACAUAUAAAACAUCUGAGACUCAAGCACUUUAAACAAAAUGUUUAAUUAUAAUUCCACAUAUCAAAACGUAUCGGGUAGUAGUGGGCAUAGUUUCUUAACGGCCCGCUCAAUCUACCCGGUGUGCAUGGGAUGUAGUGUACCUGUCAUGUGACCAAAUUGUCAAAUGAUCGAGUACACGAGAAGAGAGGACACUAGGUUGAGAGGGUGUAUAGACAGGGGAAGAUUUCUGGAAGAAUAAAGAGAGAAAAACAGCGAAAUACUACAGAGUACUAUGCUACAGUAUAUGGGAAACUUCCAUCUCAGGUCCCUAUGUUCCUGGUCUCAGAAAUAUAUUUCCACAAAAUUGUUUCGUAUCUCAGAAGAUGUUUCCUAGACUAAUGACAUUUAGCUUUAGUUGAUAAAAUUUUACAGUAUUUCAUUGCAUUUCAGGAAAACCAACCGUGUCUGUCUGUCCCAGUCCUAUUGUAGUAAAUGAAGGCGAGAAUGUCACGUGUCUCUGUCAAGGUCAAGGUGGCAACAUUCCUGGUCAUGUCAAUGUCACGUGUUUCAAAGAUGGCGCUCAGAUAAGCAACACAGAAUUACAGCAAAACAUGCAAAUUCUUAAGGAUGUUAAUGAAAGAAACAGUGGAAACGACACAUGUCGUGACGGUGUUUAA